AUGGAAAGAAGUGAAGAUGGCCACAGUCUUGAUGAGCCUAAGGUCAACUAUAGAGGAGUGAAGGCCAUGCCCUUUGUUGUAGGGAAUGAGACUUUUGAGAAGCUGGGGACAACCGGCACUUCUUCCAACCUUUUGGUGUAUUUGACAGAUAUAUUUCAUAUGAAAAGCAUCACUGCUACAACUCUUAUGAACAUAUUCCAUGGCAGCACCAACUUUUCCACCUUAUUUGGAGCAUUUCUUUGUGACACUUACUUAGGGCGUUACAAGACCUUAGGAUAUGCCUCUGUUGCUUCAUUUAUGGGAAUGGUUGUAGUAACACUGACAGCAACAUUUGAAAAUUUUCACCCGCCAUAUUGUGGGAAGGACAGUCCAGACCCUUGCCUGGAGGCAACGCCAUGGCAGAUGGCAUUUCUAAUAUUUGGAUUAGGGUUGCUAGUCAUCGGAGCCGGCGGCAUCAGACCGUGCAACUUGGCAUUCGGAGCCGACCAAUUCAAUCCCAACACAGCCUCCGGGAAGCUGGGAAUAAACAGCUUCUUCAACUGGUAUUACUUCACCUUCACAUUCGCCAUGAUGAUAUCUCUAACCGUCAUCGUUUACGUCCAAACGGAACUCAGCUGGGCUUGGGGCUUGGCCAUUCCUGCGUUUCUCAUGUUCCUCUCCUGUGCACUCUUCUUCAUGGGCUCCUGGAUUUACGUCAAAUUGGAACCCGAUGGGAGUCCUUUCACCAGCGUCAUGCGUGUGCUGAUGGCUGCUCUCAAGAAGAGACGCCUGGCCUUGCCCGACCAGAAAUGGCCCUCUCUUUUUAACCACAUUCCCUCCAAUUCCAUCAACUCCAGCCUUCCUCACACUGAUCAAUUCAGGUUUCUAGACAAGGCAGCAAUGAUAACACCAGAGGACAAACUGAAGUCAGACGGAUCAGCAGCAGACCCAUGGACACUGUGCAGCAUACAGCAAGUGGAAGAAGUGAAAUGCUUGGUUCGAGUGAUCCCAAUAUGGGCAUCCGCAAUAAUCUACCACGUCGCCACCACCCAACAACAGACCUACGUGGUGUUCCAAGCCCUUCAAUCCGACCGCCGCCUCGGCGCCACCCACUUCAAAAUCCCCGCCGCCUCCUACACCAUCUUCACCAUGAUCGGCCUCACCAUCUGGAUCCCAUUCUACGACCGGAUCCUGGUCCCCUCCCUCCGCCGGAUCACCGGCAAAGAAGCCGGCAUCACGCUGCUCCAGAAGAUGGGUUUCGGUAUCCUGAUCGCCAUUCUCACCAUGUUCGUGUCCGCCAUGGUGGAACAAAAAAGAAGAAACUUGGCUCUCGCUGCACCCCUGUGCGAGCAAGCUGGGAGGAGGGGCGCCAUUUCGUCCAUGUCGGCGCUGUGGCUGCUCCCUCAGCUGACGCUGAUUGGGCUGUCGGAGGCGUUCACGGUCAUUGCCCAAGUGGAGUUUUACUACAAAGAGUUCCCGGAGAGCAUGAGGAGCGUUGGGGGCUCGUUCUCGUUUGUGGGUCUGGCGCUGUCCAAUUAUUUGAGUGGUUUCAUGGUGACGGUGGUGCACCACCUGAGCACCGGCAACUGGCUGCCGGAAGAUCUCAACCAGGGUCGCCUGGAUUACUUCUAUUUCUUGGUUUCCGCGUUGGAAGUUUUGAACUUGGGGUAUUUCAUCUUGUGUUCCAAGUGGUACAAGUACAAAGGGAGUGGGAAUAAUACUACUUCUCUUGUUGAGAUUAUUCACUUUGGGAAAACUGAGUUUGAGAAAACUGUGGUUUAUUGA